CAUAAAUUUGAUGCCGUCACGCUCGUCACGCACCCGGUUUCGUUGCGUGGUCGUUGAGGAAAAAAAGCAGCUUGAUGCGGUAAAAAAACUGGAAGAGAUCGCCGAGUAACUGAGGAAACAAGAGCACCGUUUUACGAAAGAAACCUAUUCCUGUUAAGAUGAAUCCUGAACAGCCGCCUCCGUAUCCGGGCCCUGGCCCCUCCGCUCCAGGAUACCCCGCCCAAGGAUACCCUGCCCAAGGAUACCCCCCAAACAUGGAGCAGCCCCACCCUGGAGCCUACCCCGCCUACCCCGCUUACCCCGGGCCUGGGGGGCCCUACCCCGGUCCAGGACAGCCCCCCUACCAGGGGUACCCCGCGCCCCCGCAGCCACAGUUUGGCUGGCAGAACGGGCCGCCACCCGGACCCAUGUAUGCGGAGGCCCCCAAAAACACAGGUGAGAGGGGAAGGUAGGACUGCACCUGCUGCC